UCUCUCUCCUUUGUUCCGGGAGGCAGCGUGUUUACAGCGUCGCACGCCUUAAAGAGGACGUCCUGCAGCGGACCUGGUUGGUUUUGUAUCGUCUGUAUUCAACAUGGUGAAGUUAUCCGCGGAGCUGAUAGAGCAAGCUGCUCAGUACACCAACCCGGUGAGAGACAGAGAGCUGGACCUGCGAGGUUAUAAAAUUCCAGUGCUUGAAAACCUAGGAGCUACUUUGGACCAGUUUGACACUAUUGACUUCUCUGAUAAUGAGGUCCGAAAACUGGACACUAUUGACUUCUCUGAUAAUGAGGUCUUUCCUUUUCUGCUCAAAAGGCUGAAAACAUUGCUAAUGAACAACAACAGGAUUUGUCGCAUAGGUGAGAAUCUGGAGCACUCCCUGCAGGGUCUGACGGAGCUGGUUCUCACAAACAACAACAUUCAGGAGCUGGGUGACUUGGACCCGCUGGCCACAGUGAAGACAUUGACCCUUCUCAGCUUGUUAAGGAAUCCAGUGACAAACAAGAAGCAUUACCGGCUCUAUGUCAUCAGCAAAAUCCCCCAGAUCCGUGUGCUUGACUUCCAGAAGGUAAAGCUCAAGGAACGGCAGGAGGCAGAGAAAAUGUUCAAGGGCAAACGAGGUGCUCAACUUGCAAAGGAUAUUGCCAGGCGAACAAAAACAUUCACUCCUGGAGUAGCAGCCCAGCUUGAGAAGAAGAGGACGGGCCCGUCUCAAGCAGAUGUGGAAGCUAUCAAGAACGCCAUCGCUAACGCUUCAUCGUUGGCAGAGGUGGAGAGGUUGAAAGGGAUGCUGCAGGCUGGUCAGAUCCCAGGACGAGAUCUGAGACAAGGUCCAGCUGGGAUGGAAGAGGAGGAGGAGGAGGAGGAGGAGGAGGAGGAAGAAGGGGAGGAGGGUGACGCUGCGCAUAUGGAGGGAGGUUCUGGAGAGGAAAUUAAUGAGGGUGAUCAAGAGGAGGAUGAAGACAUGGAACAGGAGCCACAUGUUAAUGGCUCCUGAAUGUUUGGAAAAAAAAUGUUUUUUUUAUUCUGUUAUUUUGAGUUGGACAUAAUUCUACCAGGGUUUUUGUUUUGUAAAACUUUGUACAUUAAACUGAUUUCUAAUGUUCCUCUGCCCAGAUUCUUAUGAACAGUCAGCUGACAUUGGUCAUCUUUAUGUAUCUGAUAAUGUCCUAUGUUUGUGGACGGCAUUGCCCUUCCAUACAGUUGUGCGCUCCAAAGAGAUAAAUAAGAAAUGGUAGCACUCAAAAUGCUUAAAGCUUAAAGCUUGGAUAUCCUGACUUGGUGACUAAUGGGGGGGAAUGCUCCAUAGAUCACUGGAUCCUACAUUUCCCAAAAUGCAGCCAAAUGGCAUCAUUCUGUUUUGUGUCCUUGCUGGUACAGAGCCUGUAAAAUGUAUUCACUCCCUUGGAAGUUGUCGUGCUUAAUUGUCUUACAACAUUAAAUUACAGUCUUGUUUUUUUCUUUUUUUUAAUUGUUUUAUUGUCAGCAGAUAAAGAUCCUUUUACUGUCAAACUGAAAACACAUUUGUAAUCUAUUGCUUUAUUUUUUUUUUCUUCAUUAAAAAAAUUAA